UAAUCUAAUAUGUAUCAUAGUUGUUGACCUGAUUCUGAGGAAAUAAGCAUCCAUAUAUCUUGCUGGACAAUGGCCAAAAUGACUUUCUUUCUGCUGGUUGUUUUGGGCUUUAGUGCCAUGUGGCAGGCAGCAGAUGCUCAGAUCAUUUUAAAUGAACCAGUACUAAAUGGUCCUCCAAGAAGUGUUUUGGGUUCAAUUGAGGUCUUUUUCUGUAAAAUGGACAAUAUCCCAACAAGCCAGACCAUUCUAUACGAGUUGUAUAAGGAUGAUGAUCACGAUAAGUUGAUUGGAGAAUACAGCUCUCUGCACAAAGAAGAAGCCAUAUUUCCUCUUAUGAUUAAACAUGAUCAUGAUGGAAUAUUAAUAUGCAAGGCCAGUGUGCAAAACAACUCUGAGGUCGUUCCCAUUUUCAGUAAGCCGAUGGUCUUCCAAGUAGUGGUGCCUGUAGAUGGUGUACACAUCAUAUCAAGCCCCUUUUUGAAAACUCUCUGGGAAGGAGACAGUCUGACUCUGCUGUGUAAUAUAAGUCAAGGGACUUAUGUAUUAUACAGCUGGUUCCUGAAUAAUACACUGCUCCACAACGACAGCUCUAACAACCGGCUAACCAUUCGACACCUUUCCAGCCAGAACAGUGGAACGUACACCUGUCGUGCUACCCAGGAACUCAAUGAAAUAGAUUCUCUCAGCAUCAUGAGUAAGGGAAUGAACGUUUCUGUUAAAGAGAACAUGUCAAAGCCUGAAAUCUCAUUUAAGGUUUUCAAGGAUGUUGAAGGAUACUUUGCCAACGUGACAUGCCAGGUGACAAAAGGAUCCCCACCCAUAAACUUCACCCUUUUCAAAACCAAUGAUUCUGUCACCAGUCAAUUCCAGUACACCUCAUUUGUAGUGCCCAUUGUAUUGGACCAAAAAAUGGACACAGUGCAUUGCCAAGCAAGUAAUGGGAAAACACCAUUGCAGAGCAGAGAACUGAACCUCACAGUGGAGUCAGUAGGGGGCACUGUUACAAUGAAACUGGAAAAAUUUGUCAGGAAGAACUUUGAGGUGUUGGCUGUAGAGCUAUCUUGCCAUGUGGAGAGAGGAACGUUUCCCCAAUACAACUGGUUCCUCAAUAACACAAGGCUGGAGAGCCAAGGGCCGUUUCACCGUACAUUCCACGCAAACAACUCAGGCCUCAUGGUCAAAUUGGACCCACACUAUACUAAUGGUGGGGUGUACCACUGCAAGGUCUUUAAUUCAUUUGACAGCACUACAGGAGUGAGCAGUCCAGUGACGCUGAUUAGUCAUGAAGUGUUGAACAAAAUACCAACUGAAGUGGCAGCCACCGUUUUCACCUUAUUCUCGUUGCUGAUUUUUGCUGUGUUAGCUUGUUGUAUUUAUGGAGUGGUCUUACGAAAAAGGCAAGCCAGGAAAUAUAUUUUUAGAGUAAAAGACUUCACAGACAUGCAUGGCAUAGGUGAUGAUGAUGGUGUUGAAGAUGAGAUUCAGGAAACUGAGGAAGACGAAUAUAAAGAAGAAGAAUAUGAUGACCUGGAUAUAGAGGCAUAUAUUGAAGAUCAGGACAUUUUGCAAACCACCAUGAUAGAAGACUCUGAUGAGAGUGAAGGGGAGGAAGAGACUGACUUCAAUAAUUACAAUUUCUGAAUAUUUGUAUAAAGUUACUGAGGCCAAAAGUCUGAGAUCACUUUGAAUUUCUGGGAUUUUUUUUAAACUAGCUAGUUUUAUAAUUUUGAAAAGUUUAAAAUGCAAAAAAAAAAAAAUUUAAAUGGACAACAUCUUGGCUAUUCAGCAUGCAAGAUGCUGCACAAUUUCUAGGUCACUAUUUACAUUUUAAGCAAAUAUGUGAUAUUGACCAUGUUAACUCCUUUGUACAAAAGGUCAGCUUUUCCGUGAACCUUAUCCCUUCCAUUGAAAUAAUGUGCGCAGAUAACACAAUGAUGGAUUUGAUCAAGGUUUUACACAAACUUGUGGAGUCUGUGGACAGUCUGAGGAAGGUUAUAGUCUUGAUGAUGUUACUUAACUAUUCUUCUUUUCUACUGUUGGUGUUCAAAAAUGGCUGAUACACAAUAGAAAAUACAGAAGCUCAUGGAGGCACUGCAUACAAUUUUCGUGUAAGAAAACCUUACAGUUAGGUUACAGAUUUGCUUGUUGUUAUAUCACAUAGACAUUUAAUAAAGCUUUUAUGUUCUUUGU